CUCACAAGGCAUUCAUUUCUACUAGAAACCACUGCAAAUGUGUUGAUGAAAUAAGUGAACCAAAUCUUUAAAAAUCUGUGAAAUUGACUGACUUGCAGCCAUUUUUGUGUUAGCUGAUUCGAAUUAGCUAACAACCACUGAGUCAAUCAACAAAAGUCAAUCGGCUUUAGAUAUGGGGCUUACAUCCAGUAAUUACUUUCUGAAAGUUUCAUUAAAAUCAUUUUAAUUUUAAAUCAAAUGUUUGCUCUAAAAUUACAUUAUGAAACUAUAAAAAUACAUCAAACUAUCCUCAAUAUUUAAGAAAUUACCUUUAUUGGAUUUGGUGUCAUGUCUAAUUUCCAUCAUCAAGCUUUCCUCUGGGGAUUCAGAUGUGUAUUUUAUGAAUAAACACUAGAAGGUUAAAGCAGAAUAAGUGCAUUACUCUGAGGUGGAUGAAAUUAUUUUACUGUUAUUAGUGGAGAACAUAUUGUAAUUAACAUCAUCUCUCAUUAUAAUUACUCCCAUAAAAUCUUACUGCACAUAUGUGUCUCGACCUUAGCUGUGAUGAUUUUCCAACACAUGAAUUAAUAUUGUAAAUCAAAAUCAGUCAAACAGUUCAUAAAUACAUUAUUUUCUAUUUAUGGUACAUGGCCUGUAUUUGUGUGUAUACUAUGUUAGAAUGUUUGUUUUCCAAAUUUGCUGCAGCAGCUUUAAUAUUUCAAACACAGGUUUAGUUCUGCCUCCCGUUAUUCCUUCCUCCUGUGAGUCCUCGGAGGAAAUCCCACUGUUUGCUGCACUCACAGCCUGACUUGCGCUACUGCUGAUGUUUCUGCUGACGUGUGCCUCAGUGAACAUGAUGGAAAUGCAGUAAAAAAUAGGAGGGAGGACAGAUGAGCGAGAGAGAGAAAGCAGAAGAGCAUAGGACCUGAGGGCUUUCAGGAGGAGGGAGGGUGAGCUGAGCAGAGGAGGGGAGGGAUGGAGGGAUGUGACGUGAGCGAGCGGGAGUAUGGAAACUGAUCACUGCAGGCAGAACGACGUUGGAUAACUCGCCUCUCCCUCAUCCUCCCUGUUUUCUCUCUCUCUCCCUCCCUUUGGAGUCACCACUCCACAUCCUCAGCGAUGCUGCUCUGACCAGACGCCGUCAGAGAAACGCAAACACCCCACCAUUCACACCACACUGACAUGCAGCGUAGAGGGCUGCCGCUGCUGAUAAGGAUCACAAACACCCAUCUGCCUCGCAGCUCAGAGAAGAUCUAGAGACGUGAACAGCAGGAAUGUGAGCGAUGAGCUUCCCUUGAAGACAUCUGCCUGGAAAACUCCUCCCUCAUCUUGUUCUGUGGCCAUCUCCAUCCCUGGAGCAGCUGAGACAUCCUGCUGCACGCUGCUGUUGUCCCGGAAAUGCUCAGUGAAUACCGAGACGAGGCCUGAACACGAUGAGCACUCAGGACAAAUGGGUCACUCUGACUCCGACUGAAUUCGCCCUUCUACAGGAGUAUGCUCAGUACUCAACCAAGAAGCUGAAGGACGUGCUGCAGGAGCUCCAUGGAGACGGCGUGUUGGCCAAAUACAAUUCAGAUGAGAAGCAGGAAAUCCUCAACCAGGAGAUUGACUUUGAAGGUUUCAAGGUCUUUAUGCAAACAUUCCUGGAAAGUGAACUCCCUGAGGAAUUCUGUCAGCACCUCUUUAUGUCGUUUAGCAACAAGGGACCCAAACCCAGUCCUUCAUCGUCUGACAAACCCAGAGUCUCUGGCCUGAAGCUCAUGAAAGUAAACUCGACCCCUCUGAAGACAGCUGCCCUGCCCAGGCCUCUGGAUACGGUGCAGCUCAAGGACAUUGUGUGCUACCUGUCGUUGCUGGAAGGUGGGCGCCCUGAGGACAAACUAGAAUUUAUGUUUCGCCUCUAUGACACGGAUGGAAACGGGUCUUUGGACAGCUCGGAGCUGGAACAAAUUAUCUCUCAGAUGAUGCGUGUGGCGGAGUACCUGGAAUGGGACGUGACUGAACUCAAACCAAUCCUUCAGGAAAUGAUGCAGGAAAUCGACUACGAUCGCGACGGCACAGUGUCCCUGGAUGAGUGGAUCCAGGGAGGACUGACCACCAUCCCCCUGCUGGUUCUGUUGGGUCUGGAGACGAAUGUCAAAGACGACGGUCAGCAUGUGUGGAGACUGAAGCACUUCAACAAGCCAGCCUACUGUAACCUGUGUCUCAACAUGCUGAUUGGACUGGGGAAGCAGGGCCUCUGCUGCUCAUUCUGUAAGUACACAGUCCACGAGCGCUGUGUGGCCCGCGCUCCACUUUCUUGCAUCAAAACUUACGUUAAAUCCAAGAAGAACACAGAGGUCAUGCAUCAUUUCUGGGUGGAGGGGAACUGCCCCACCAAGUGUGACAAGUGUCACAAAACCAUUAAGUGUUACCAGGGCCUGACUGGCCUCCACUGUGUGUGGUGUCAAAUCACGCUCCAUAACAAGUGUGCCUCCCACGUGAAGCCCGAGUGUGAUUGUGGACCCCUGAAGGAUCACAUCCUGCCCCCCAACUCCAUCUGCCCCGUCGUCCUGGAAAGACAGUCGACGCUGAGGAAAGACUCGCGCUCAAGUCAGUCGAGCCGGGGAAAGAUGCAGAGAGCCAACUCCGUCACGGUGGAUGGCCAAGGACUGCAGAUCACAACAAUAGAGGGCACUCAUCCUCUGCUAGUGUUCGUCAAUCCGAAGAGCGGGGGCAAGCAGGGGGAGAGGAUCUACAGAAAGUUCCAGUAUCUCCUGAACCCGAGGCAAGUCUACAACCUGGCGAAGAAUGGACCCAUGCCGGGGUUGAAUUUCUUCAGAGAGGUUCCUGACGCCAGAGUGUUGGCCUGUGGGGGGGACGGUACCGUGGGCUGGAUUCUGGACUUUAUAGAUAAAGCCAACCUGGACAGGAACCCUCCUGUGUGCAUCCUUCCUCUCGGUACGGGCAACGACCUGGCGCGGUGCCUACGGUGGGGAGGAGGCUAUGAGGGCGAAAGCCUCCUAAAGAUCCUGCGGGACAUCGAGAACAGCUCAGAAGUGAUGCUGGAUCGCUGGAAGAUAGACGUCACCCCCUCCGACAAGGAGGAGAGAGGAGACCCGGUGCCUUACAGCAUCAUGAACAACUACUUCUCCAUCGGAGUGGAUGCAUCUAUCGCUCACCGUUUCCACGUUAUGAGAGAGAAACAUCCUGAGAAGUUCAACAGCAGAACAAAGAAUAAGCUGUGGUACUUUGAGUUUGGCACUUCGGAGACCUUCUCAGCCACAUGUAAGAAGCUCCAUGACUUCUUGGAGGUUGAGUGUGAUGGCGUCACUCUGGACCUCAGCAGCAUCUCCUUGGAAGGCAUUGCAGUUCUUAACAUUCCCAGCAUGCACGGCGGCUCCAAUCUCUGGGGCGAGAGCAAGAGGAGGAGGGGUCAACGCAAAGGGGGAAAGAAGAGCCAAGAAAAGAGGACACCGGUGCUCGACCCAAAAGAACUUAUGUUUGCAGUUCAAGAUCUGUCUGACCAGCUUCUGGAGGUGGUGGGGCUGGAAGGAGCCAUGGAGAUGGGCCAGAUCUACACUGGUCUGAAGAGCGCAGGGAGACGGUUGGCUCAGUGCUCCUCUGUGACCAUCAGAACCUCUAAAUCCCUCCCGAUGCAGAUUGAUGGUGAGCCCUGGAUGCAGACUCCGUGCACGACUCAGAUCGUCCACAAAAACCAGGCUUCCAUGCUGAUGGGGCAGCCACAAGGUCGGAGCUUCUUCUCAUCCAUCCUCAGACGAACACGCACUGAGAGCAAGGACUGAAACGCCACAUCCUGGAAACAUUUGGAUCUCACACCCAUGCAGAGGCGAAGUUAUUCAAGACCCGGUCCGUUUGAGAACAGGGACUUUGACGCCUGUUUUUCUCCCCUGGCCCAGAAGCCCCAGUAGCACACUGUAGGUUCGGUUUGUGUUGCCUGCAGCAUGAAGACGUCACUGAGAGGUCCUCGUUGAAUCCAAAACGAGCUGCAUUUAGGACUCACUCUUUGAUCUUCGAUGGGUAGUUUAGCUCCAAAAAUACUCGAGUUAUUUCUGGAAGUCCACUUCUGUUCUAUUUCCUGUUUGUAUUUAUUUUUGUUUUUAUUAGGCUGCUGCGCUCUGUGCCACGUGGAACAACUCGACAUGUACAUGAGAUAUUUACUAACUUAUUUAUAUAUUUAUUUAUUUAUUUAAUCUUGGUUUACUUAAGUUUUCUGGUGAUUUUUUUUUCUGUAGUUGUGUUCCCUUGAUGCAUGAUGGAUGGUGAAGGAGGCUGCUGCGUCGGCUGCUGUAGAUGACCCGUUUGGAGUUUGUGGCUUCGGUUUAAAUCGUGUUUCGUAAGAGGUGAAAAUUCUUUGCUCAGCCUUUCUUUUUAGUGAACUUCAUUCAUGAAUGACUUCAAAAACAGAACAUUUUCUUUUUUGUUCUCCGCUUCCUGCGAAUCAUCCUUGGCACACUUUGAUCGGAUGUGUUUCUGCUCUUUCUGUGGAAAAAUUGGAAAUAAUCAUGGAUUGUUCAUGGAAAAAAUGCAUGAAACUUUUUGUUUUAUGUUGCACGAGAGAUUUCCAGACAGCUUACUAUUGCUGUGCACACUUGCUAUUAUUGCAUGAGUGAUCAACUGAUCAGACAUUUAUGGAUUAUUUUCUUAAUCUAGACUUUUAGCGUUGAUGGCUUUGAGAUGGCUGCAUUUUUAUUGAAUAAUGAAGAACUUUAAAUUAGUGAUGAUUAAUGAAAAGCUGCAGCUAUUUAGGUAUAAAAUUCUGUUUUCUGCAUUUAUCAGUGACUGUAAAAACCAAAAAAAAUUGCUGCUGACCUAAAAUAUUUACCUUGUAAGUGUGAUUUAGGAUCCUUAAUGAAAGUCUGCAGUGUUGAAGUUUUUUUUUACUCAGGUGUGUUACUGUUACCUUGGAAAUUUACUCUAUUAAACCCCCCAAAAAAGUUUAACCAAGUUUCAAAUUCUCCUUAUGCAAAUGACCUGCAUUAAUCUGUUUAGUGUUGCAUUGAUUUGACUUAUUUAUAUAUCUCUUUCUCUUCCAUUAAUGACAAAACUUUUCCAAAGUGUCCCAAAUCUCACUUCUGCAUGAAUACACGUAGAUUAGAAUGUUUCAGUUUUUUCAAAGUGUCAUUCACUGGUGGAGAAAAGUCACGUUCACUUUGUGCAGUGCACCAUUUGUACAGUGAGGUUGUAUUUUUGUACACAGUAUGAUUUAUUACAUGCUUCCUGCUUCACUCUGGAACUCACACCAUGUUGUGCUUGCCUACAAACAAGUCAGUUCUGUCAAAGGUGACAGAAAAAAGUGAAAGAAACAAUUAAAAAGGCUUUUGUUCUGGUGGUGCUUUGAAGUUUGGCUUCGUUAGAAGUGUGUCGUCUUUGCUCUUCAUAAUUACAGUUCAACUGAUUUGAUGUGUAGUGCAUUAAGUAAAACUGAAAUUUGUAUUCUCCUGAUUUUUAAUAAAAAAGAAACAUAAACCUUAA